AUGUUCUGGCUAGCGGAGUGCCGCGGUGAGCUAUUUCUCAUUGUCUCUGAGUACCGUGCACUCAGGUACCAUGUUUUCCGGUUGCAAGAGAGGAAGUGGGUGAGGACUACUAGCCUCGGUGGGUGUAGCUUGUUCUUUAAUACUAAAAAGAAUUUUGCUGGUUGCCUUGGUCCAGAUCAUCCGACAGUUCGAAGGAACUGCUUGUACUUCAUUAGGGUCCCUGGUCAGUGUAUCGAGUAUUCUUUGGUUGAUGGAUCUUCGCAUAAACUCGCUGCCGACUACCCAGGGCGAGCAACGGAGGAUUACGGACCAUUUGCUUGGGUCCUCCCAAGCAUUUGCUGA